UUAUUUAAUCUUUCCAGUCAAGAAUUGAAUGAGGCACUUUCCUUUUUUAUAGCUGAAGUGCGUAAGGAAUCCGGUGAUAAUUAUAAACCAAAUACUUUGUAUGAGAUUAUUAUAUCUAUACAGCACUACCUUCGUCAGAAUGGACGUUUAAUAGCCUUUAUGGAUGAUCAAGAAUAUCAGGGUUUAAGAAGUGUUCUGAACAGUAAAAUGAAGGAGUUGUCGAGACUUGGACUGGGUAUUAAUACCAAGAAGUCAGAAGUUAUUACAAUAGAACAAGAAGAGAUUUUAUGGAGUAAAGGCUUGUUAGGUGAAAGUAACCCACAGCAGUUAUUGGAUACUCUUCUUUUCUUGUUUGGAUUACAUUUUGCACUGCGAGCUGCUCAAGAACACAGGAAUUUAAGGUUUGGUAUGAACACUCAAUUGUCUGUUAAGUAUGACUUAGAAGGUAAAAAAUAUCUGCAGUACAUAGAAGAUGUUUCAAAGACAAACCAAGGUGGUUUGGAUCACAGGAAAGUCAGUCCUAAAAUGACAAGAGCUUAUGAAAAUUCUAACCUAUUAAGAUGUCCAGUUAGAUUAUAUGAAAAGUAUAUAGCUCUGCGUCCAAAAGACGGUACAGUAGAUGCAUUUUAUUUGCGUCCCAAGAAGAUGCCAUGCUCUGAUGUUUGGUACUGUGAUUCUCCUGUAGGAACUCAUACCAUACAGUCCACUGUUAAACGUUUA